AUAUCAACAUGAUAAUGAUGGUUUCACUCCCCUUAUUGAAAAGAUGCCCAAACUUUUCUUACAUCAAUAAACAAAAUGAAGCAUGAAAUAUCUUGUUAAGCAGCUUCUAUGGAAGAAAAUUAAUCAAGGCACCCGUUUAACAUGUAGAAGAUUGUUAAUGGCUGAUGUCACCCUAGGGUUAGACAGAUUUAGAAAGAAUGUUGCUAAAACUUGCUCAAGUUUCAAGAAGGACAAUGUGAGGAAAGACAUUAUAUUUAAAAAUAAGAAAACAAUUCCAGAAGAUGAAGUAGAUUCACAUCUUCUAAACAUGAUCUACAUCGCAGCCACUGAUGAAGAGGUCAAGGUCUGUGCAGAAAUAGCAAACAGAACUCAAUACAACAGACCUAGAAUUCCAAGCAAACUUACUAAGUCUGAUCCAUUCAACUAUGGUCCAUUACUGAUGAGAAUGCUACAUAAUUUGGGAAAACCUCAUGUAGCUGUUUCUUUCAUGGAGGAUGAGGAUUUAAAAGAAAUGUUGCAUCAUCCAACCACAUGUCUUAUUUACUUGGAUCUCCUCUAUGAAGCUGGAUUGUACGAGAAAGUGGUAGAAUUUUAUGAGAACACAUUCAAAGAAAUAUUUGAAAGAGCCAAAAGAAAACAGAAAAGUGCUGGUCUACUGCUAUAUGACAUGAACCAUACUACAUUAGCAGUGGCAGCACUGUACAAACUGAAUUCACAAGAAUCAUUGCAAAAAGUAGUGAAUUUAUUUAAAGGAAAGUUUCAUGAUGAUGAAGGAUUCUUAUCCAAUCGCACUAGGGCAUUUGCAGCAGCUUUGGCACUAAAUCAGAAUGAACCAGAAUUGGCACUAGAUUUUAUAGACAUUGCAGAAAUAAAACCUUCUGUAUUUAACAAAAGUCUAAAGAUAAUAAUACUGUCAAAAUUGAACAAAGCAAAUCAAGCAUUAGAUCUACUAGUACGGAUGACAUCUGUAGGAACUGUGGAACAAGAAUUGUUUAUAUUCCCAGACUGUCUUGAAGCUCUGAAAGAAGUUGUAGACAAGUCAGAAGACAUGGAACUUACACAAAUAUAUGAAGAAAAAGUUGAACAUUUACAAACCAAUGGAAAAAUACAAAAACAAUCUUUGUUUGAAGCUUUAAAUGAAAAUCUAAUGAAUUCUAAGAGAGGUGCAAUACGCUAUAGAUUUACUCAUGUUUCAGGAAGAAAGGACAUGACUGAAAGCAGAAAAAUUGAUGUAAAAUCAUUUACACAGUCAGAAAUGUCUUUAAAGUACCGUCAGAUGGACAAUGUGUACCGAUACCAACACAAGCCCAAACGAAGAAAUAAUAAAACUUAUGAUGAUCUGCUGAAAGUACUUAAGAGUGAUAAAAAAUAGAGUUAACUAUAUUUUCCUUUUCUAGGGAGUUGAAUAUGUUUUCUACUCAAAUAAUGUGAGAAUGAGAAAUAUAAUUAUCUUAAUUAUAUACCAGUCUUCGUUGUACGCGUAAGAGAGAUGCAUUUGGUAGGGAAAUUUAAAUUGAUGAUUUAACUUAACAAAAUAAUACCAAUUUUGAAAAGGCAUGUGUUCAGGAAUCUUUUAGAGUGCACAAGAUGGUUUGUCCUGUUGUUUUAGUUUAACUUUAUAGUUUUAUAAAAUUUAUGCAGAUUUUUUUUUAUUAACAAUAGCAAAGAGCAGUUAGAAUAUAAAAACUAUUGUUUGUAAAUAUUGUCGUGUUUUGUUUCUUUUUGAUAUUGUUCUCAAGAAAAUCUUGAUAUGCUUUAAGGCAUUUAAGUGUGGAGAAAAUGAGUAAAGUUUUAUUACUAACAUGAUCUGCAUAUUUCUAUAAUUUGAUACUGAUUACUCAUGUUGAACAAGUAAUUGCGAAGAGUAUGAAUUUUAAAGUUCUUAUAGAGUCUACAAUACAACAUGAACUAUUUAAACAUGUAUACAUACAUGUAGGUUGUGACAUUGAUGACACUGAAAACAGGAAUGCAUGUUGAUUGUACCACAUUGUUUUCAGACAUAUUCUAUUGGAAUAAAUAUUGUACUGUUCAGAUGCACUCAUGUGGUCUGUGUAGGUGUUUAAACUGAUCUGUGCACUAACACACAUCAAACAUACAAGUCAAUCUAACUUUUAUUCAGUUUUGACUUUGUAAUAUAUCUAUAAAUGUAAAAGAGUAUUUUAAUUAUAAUCAGUGUUAAUAGACAACUUUCGAGUUCGUUGCAUUUCCGUCAAAAACUUUGGUUUUAGUGAACAUCAUUUGUGCGUUAAGGGCGUCGUCACUUCCGUUUCUAAGUUGAGCGAUUGGUUGAAAAAAUUAUAAUGCUACAUUGCACGAAUUCUGCAAAUUAAAUUCUUAUAAUUGAUAAUCAGCACUGCUAUCAUUAGGAAAUUGUGAUUUAGUACUUACGAAACAAAUAUUAUUUAUAUUUUAUCCUGCAUAUUGACGAUCACAAAGACGCUUGAUGAACUUUAAUAGAGCAGGGAUACAGGCGAUCCCCUCUAUCUGGUAAAUGACGUCACAAAGGCACACAAAAUUGACGAACUUUUCCGGUGAAGGACAUAACUCGAAAGUGGUCUAUUAGUAAAUGCUUUAAUGACAUGUCUUGUUGUUGGUAGUUAUAGAACCUCAUAUGAAUAACUAUGGAUGAUUCUUGAAUAAGAGAUGCAGUGUAAUGAGGUUAGUUAUCUUCAAAAGACUACAAGGUUUCCAGUAAUCAGUUGAACAUGAUUAUGUUAGUGUAAAAUAAGAGAAAAAAGAUUCAAGCAUUCACAAAGUGCAAUACAAGAUAUCAGUUUAAGAACUUAUUUAAUCACACCAUGUUUUACAUAGUUUAUAAAUUGACAUGUAUAUGAUUUUAAAAGCCCAUGGUUUAUCAAUGUUUUAAUUAGACUUUAUUGUUGAUUACUUUUGUUUAAAAAAAAAUAAAUACACACUGUUAUAUUUCA